UCAGUCCGAUCCCAACAGAGCAAAAUAGAACAACAGAUACUGGCCAAUCACCACUUCUGACUUCUUCUACUCUAUCCUCUUCCACAAACACACUUAUCACUGUUCACCCCUCCUCCUCCUCCUCCCCCAUAAUCUUCCGGCAACCUCAACCAAAACGCCGUCGUUUCCAAGGUACGGACAUCCUUCAUAUAUUUCCUUUUCUUAAAUCCCGCUGCAUAAAUCCUGCAUCAAUUCCCAACUCCAAUCAAGGUUUUGCUGCAAACAAUGGCUGAAGCCGAAACAAGCUCCGUUAAAGCAGCCAUUACUUCUUACAAAGCGCGGAACUCCCCGACGACUAAUUAUCCUCAACAGAAGACGAGGGAGCUCCGUCGGGCAAUAAGAGACGCCGGCGAGCUCAACGACAGCCGGCAACGAGCGGAAAUGGCGACGGCUGAAGCACAGUCAGAACUCUCCGUUGCAAAGAAGACUGUAAGAGAACUAACCGCCAAAAUUGAGGAUUCGGGUGCAAGAGCCAAUCGCAAGAUGUCCGAAUUAUCGAAUUCCGUCGAAAAAUCGCCGUCGGAUCGAAAAAUCAUCGAAGAAUUAGCCUCUGUGAAGCAGGAGCUUAUGAAGCUAAAGCUCGACGCCUUGUCGGCUUCCGACGAUAAGCGCCGGGCCGAGAAAGCUGGCGACGAGAACUCGUCGCGAGCGCGCACUUACAUGAGUUCGAUCGAGGCGAUAAGUAAAGAAAUCGAGGGAAUUAACGAGGAGCACGUGUUGGUCGAGCUGGCUCGAAUCGAAGCCGUUAGGGAAUUCGACGAAAUCGAGGCUCAACGGCGGGAAAAGGAGGCCGAAUUUGCCGCGGCGAUGGAUGAGAUUCGGAAGAAAAUGCAUGAAAUUGUUCGAAAAACAGAGGAUUCGGAGGAGCUCGAGAAGAAACUCGCUGUGACGGUGUCGGACGCCAAUGUGUUGGCUGGUGAGCUAAAGCUUGUUAAGGAAAUGGUUGGGCGAGUCGAAGUCGAGGAUGAAUUGGGAUCGGAUAUGUCGUUGCGUUCGACUAUGGAGGAAUUGGAGGUCGCGAGGAAGGAGUUAGUGUCGGCGAGGGAGGAAAGCUUUGCGUGCAUGGCUGCCAUGGACGUCGUCUGGAAAGAGCUCGAGCGAAUGCGCAAUGAGGUGGUUAGAAAGAAGAGCGACGAGAAGAAAACGGAGAUGUUGAUUCAGAGUCUCAACUCGAAGCUUUUGAGGGCGAAGGCGAAGCUCGAAGCAGCGACUGCAGCCGAAGACCGGGAAAGAUCGAUCGCAUCGAAUCUGUCAGAUACGCUCGAACGCCUCAGGUCGGAAGGCGAAGUUGUCGACAAAGAACGUGCCGUGAUUGACGAAGAAACCGCAGCCGUAACGGCGGAGACAAAGAGAAUCGAGGAGGAAACAGACGCAGCCGAGGAUCGAUUACAAAUGGUGACGGAAGAGCUCAAGGCGGCGAAAUUGUCAGAGGUAGCGGCGCUGGAGAAUCUCAAGGCGCUUACGGAGCAGACCAUGCGAAAUCGAGCAUCGGCGGCGAUGCGUAGCGCGGGAAUAACGGUGUCCCGAUUCGAAUACGAGUACCUAACGGGGCGCGCCGCCGGGGCGGCGGGUGUCGCCGACAAGAAGGUGGCGGCGGCGCUGGCGUGGGUCGAAGCUCUUAAGGCAAGCGAGAAGGAAAUCGAGUUGAAGUGCAAAUUGUUGCGGAAAGAAUGUCGAAAGUUGAAAGCGCGCGGCGAGAAUAUGUUCAAAGAAGAGGCGGCGAUGGCACCGGAGAAUGAGUUCGAGAGGUGGCGGAGAAAUAUGGGAGUGGAAAACUUGAGGCGGAAUUCGGGGGCGGCGAAAAUGAGGAAUAGGAGCAUGAAAAUUGGGACUCCGGCGAGGCGGGGGAAGGGGCGGGUGUCAAUGACGGCGGCGACAGCGAGGGGGACGGCGAGAACGACUACGGUUAGGAGGAGGAAGAAGGUGAUGGGGAAUUUGGCUAAGUUUUUCGGCAGGGAGAGUGGGGAGAUGGAAUUGUUGUGAGUGUUUAUUUUUUUGAAUCUAAGGUAUUGGAUUGCAUGGACUAUAUCAAAUUGGGUUGUAAUAUUUUUAUUUUUAUUGUUUUUGAAAUAUUGGGGUGUGAUUGGAUUGUUAGUCGAGAGUUGUAUGGGUUUGUUCGUUGAUUUGGAUUUUGAGUUUAAGUUUGAAUAGUAAAAAUUUUGAAUUUAAUAGUUGUA